CCCCGGCAAACCCCCUGUGCCCCCCGGCACCCUUUAAGGCUCAUUCGGACAAAGGGCUUCGUGGAAGGGGCCCCGCGCUCCCCUCCCGAUCCCGAUCCGCCUCACGGGCUCCAUCUCCCUAGGACCCCAUCUCACAUCCCCAAUCCCCCUUCCACUUCUUCCGCGAUUCCCCCACCAUCCCCUCCCGGUCCCGGUCCCAAUGCCCCGUGGCUCCGGUCUCAGUGCCGGCCCCGGUCCCAAUGCCCCAUGGCUCCGGUCUCAGUGCCGGUCCCGGUCCCAAUGCCCCAUAGCUCCGGUCUCAGUGCCGGUCCCGGUCCCAAUGCCCCGUGGCUCCGGUCUCGGUCCCGGUCCCCCCCGUCCCGUCUGGGUCCGCGCGCGCGCCGGGCGGGGUUUCCGCUUCCGCCGCCGCCGUCAGGGCGCGCGCGGGCCCCUUUCCCUCCCCUUCCCCUGCCGCGCCCUCCCUUUCCGGCCGCGCGUGCCGCCUGGCUGGAGCUCGGAGCCGCCGCCGCCCCGUGAGGAGCCGCCGCCGCCGCCAUCAUGCCGGUGUACUUCCAGCGGCCCGAGAACGCCCUGAAGCGGGCGAACGAAUUUCUUGAGGUUGGCAAAAAGCAGCCUGCCCUUGAUGUUCUCUAUGAUGUUAUGAAAAGUAAGAAACACCGAACAUGGCAGAAAAUCCACGAGCCAAUUAUGCUGAAGUACCUGGAGCUCUGCGUGGAUCUGCGCAAGAGUCACCUGGCAAAAGAAGGAUUGUACCAGUACAAGAAUAUUUGCCAGCAGGUUAACAUCAAAUCUUUGGAGGAUGUUGUUCGAGCCUAUUUAAAAUUAGCUGAAGAAAAAACAGAAGCAGCUAAGGAGGAAUCCCAGCAGAUGGUACUGGACAUAGAAGAUUUGGAUAACAUUCAGACUCCAGAAAGUGUUCUUUUGAGUGCUGUAAGUGGAGAAGACACUCAGGAUCGUACUGACCGCCUGCUUUUGACACCCUGGGUUAAAUUUCUGUGGGAAUCCUAUAGACAGUGUUUGGAUCUUCUCAGAAAUAAUUCUCGAGUAGAACGCCUGUACCAUGACAUUGCACAGCAAGCUUUCAAGUUCUGCCUGCAGUACACGCGGAAAGCGGAGUUCCGCAAGCUCUGCGAUAACCUGCGGAUGCACCUGGGGCAAAUCCAGCGGCACCACAACCAAAGCACAGCCAUCAACCUCAACAACCCUGACAGCCAGUCCAUGCACCUGGAGACCAGGCUGGUGCAGCUGGACAGUGCUAUCAGCAUGGAGCUGUGGCAGGAAGCUUUCAAAGCAGUGGAAGAUAUUCAUGGACUAUUUGCAUUGUCUAAGAAACCGCCCAAACCACAGCUGAUGGCAAAUUACUACCACAAAGUUUCAACUGUCUUCUGGAAAUCAGGAAAUGCUCUUUUUCACGCAUCCACCCUUCACCGCCUUUAUCACUUAUCAAGAGAAAUGCGAAAGAAUCUCACACAAGAGGAGAUGCAGAGGAUGUCCACUCGAGUCCUUUUGGCCACGCUGUCCAUUCCAAUAACUCCAGAGAGAACUGAUAUUGCUCGUCUCCUGGAUAUGGAUGGAAUCAUCGUGGAGAAGCAGCGGCGCCUGGCCACCCUGCUGGGGCUGCAGGCCCCCCCGACACGGGCCAGCCUCAUCAAUGACAUGGUCAGGUUCAAUGUAGUGCAAUAUGUUGUCCCAGAAGUGAAAGAACUUUACAAUUGGCUUGAAGUAGACUUUCACCCGCUAAAGUUGAGUGCCCGUGUCAGCAAGGUUCUGAACUGGGUGAAGGACCAAGCUGAAAAGGAACCUGAGCUGCAGCUGUACAUUCCUCACCUGCAAAACAACACCAUCCUUCGCCUUCUGCAGCAGGUGGCCCAGAUUUAUCAAAGCAUUGAGUUUGCUCGUCUGUGCACCCUGGUUCCUUUUGUGGAUGCUUUCCAGCUGGAGCGCUGUAUCGUGGAUGCAGCCAGGCAUUGUGACUUACAGGUUCGCCUUGAUCACACAACCCGGACACUGAGUUUUGGUUCAGAUUUGAAUUACUGUACUAGAGAGGAUGCUCCACUGGGCCCUCAGCUGCAGAGCAUGCCUUCUGAGCAGAUCAGAAACCAGCUGACUGCCAUGUCCUCAGCUCUGGCUAAGGCUCUUGCAGUCAUUAAGCCUCCUCACUUAAUGCAAGAGAAGGAAGAACAGCAUCAGCUGGCAGUCACUGCCUUCCUAAAAAAUUCCAGGAAGGAGCAUCAGCGUAUCCUCGCGCGCCGUCAAACCAUAGAGGAGAGAAAGGAGCGCCUGGAAAGCUUGAACAUCCAGCGUGAAAAGGAGGAGCUGGAGCAGCGGGAAGCAGAACUGCAGAAAGUGCGGAAAGCUGAGGAGGAGAGGCUGCGCCAGGAGGCAAAGGAGAGGGAGAAGGAGAGGAUCCUGCAGGAGCAUGAGCAGAUCAAAAAGAAAACUGUUCGGGAGCGCUUGGAGCAGAUUAAGAAGACUGAACUGGGAGCCAAAGCAUUUAAAGAUAUUGAUAUUGAGGAUCUUGAAGAAUUGGAUCCUGACUUUAUUAUGGCUAAACAAGUGGAACAGCUGGAAAAAGAAAAGAAGGAACUUCAGGAACGACUGAAGAAUCAGGAGAAAAAGAUUGACUACUUUGAAAGAGCGAAGCGCUUGGAAGAAAUUCCUUUAAUAAAGACUGCUUAUGAGGAGCAAAGAGUGCAUGAUAUGGAGCUGUGGGAGCAACAGGAAGAAGAAAGGAUCACCACCCUGCAGCUGGAGCGUGAGAAAGCCCUUGAGCACAAGAGCAGACUCUCCAGGAUGCUGGAGGAUAGAGAUUUAUUUGAAGCCAGGCUCAAGGCAUCACGACGAACAGUUUAUGAGGAUAAGCUCAAGCAGUUCCAGGAGCGGUUGGCAGAGGAGAGGCGGAACCGUCUGGAGGAACGCAAGAAGCAGCGCAAAGAGGAGAGACGCAUCACUUACUACAGGGAGAAGGAGGAGGAGGAGCAAAGGCUACGGGAGGAGCAGCUGCUUAAAGAGCGUGAGGAGAAGGAGCGCAUCGAGCGCGAGAAGCGCGAGCAGGAGCAGCGGGAGUACCAGGAGCGAGUCAAGAAACUGGAGGAGCUGGAGAAGAAAAAACGUCAGAGAGAAAUGGAGAUAGAGGAAAGAGAGCGCCGCCGAGAGGAAGAGAGGAGAGGGCUGGAUGACCCAUUUUCAAGGAAGGAAUCUCGUUGGGGUGACAGGGAGUCGGAAAGCUCCUGGAGAAGAGGAGGUGAGCCGGAAUCUGAAUGGCGUCGAGCACCAGUGGAGAGAGACUGGCGUCGAGGAGAUCCAAGAGACGAUGAGCGACCGUUCCGCCGCGGGGACGAUCUGCCUCGGCGAGGGGAUGAUCUGCCCAGGCGUGGUCCUGCAGAUGACAAGGAGCGUCCUCCAGAAUCAGCAGAGGACAGGCCACCUAGACGGGAAGGGGACGAGGACAGGCCUCCGAGGCGAGAAGGGGAUGAGGACAGGCCCCCCAGACGUGGCUUGGAUGAGGACAGGCCGCCCCGGCGUGGUUUGGAUGAUGACAGGGGAAGCUGGCGAGCUGCAGAUGACGACAGGGGUCCCAGACGUGUCCUGGAUGAUGACAGGCCCCCCAGACGCGUCUUGGAUGAUGACAGGCCCCCCAGACGCGUCCUGGAUGAUGACAGACCACCCAGACGUGUCCUGGAUGACGACAGGCCCCCCAGACGCGGCUUGGACGAUGACAGAGGCAGCUGGCGCGCGGCAGAUGACGACAGAGGACCCCGGCGCGGGCUGGAUGACGACCGGCCGCCCCGCCGGGCCCUGGAUGAGGACAGGCCCCCCAGGCGUGGGCUGGAUGAUGACAGGGGCAGCUGGCGGGCUGCAGAUGACGACAGGGGGCCCCGGCGCGGGCUGGAUGAUGACAGAGGGCCCCGGCGCGGGCUGGAUGACGACAGGAUGGCCCGGCGGGAUGAGGACAGGGGACCCUGGCGGAACGCGGACGAUGACAGGCUCUCCAGGAGAGACGAUGACAGGGGCCCGUGGCGUGGCGGUGAGGACUCAAGGCCGGGUCCAUGGAGACCAUUUGGUAAACCAGGGGGAUGGAGAGAACGAGAGAAGGCUCGUGAGGACAGCUGGGGCCCUCCCCGAGACUCCAGACCUUCAGGAGACCGUGAAUGGGAUCGAGACAAAGACCGGGAUGAAAAUGAGAAGGAGCGGGAAUUUGACAGGGAGAGAGAUUUUGAUCGAGACGAUCGUUUCAGGCGUCCCAGGGAUGAUGGCGGUUGGAGGAGAGGGCCAGCUGAGGAAACUUCCAGCUGGAGAGAUUCAAGUCGUCGUGAGGAGUGGGACAGAGGUGGUCGUGACAUGAGAGACCGACGUGGUGAUGACAGAGAGCCACCCCUCAGGAGAGGACCCCCCCUGCGAUCCGAGCGGGAAGAGCCGAGCUCGUGGCGACGCGCUGACGACAGGAGGGAAGAGCGCGGGGAGGAACGGGAACCGGCGCGGAGGUCAGGCCCUGCUCCUGCUGCUCCUCCAGCUUCUGCUCCCCCAGCAGCAUCCAAAGAGCGGGAAAGGGACGGGGAGAAGGAGAAAGGAUCCUGGAAAACAGAGAAGGAGCGUGAGCCCGCACGCCGCACUAAAAACGAGACAGAUGAAGAAGGGUGGACCACUGUACGACGUUAAGUGGGAAUCACAGAGUUUAACCGAUGUUUUAGCUUUGAUUUGAUCGAAUCCACAGAUUAUAUUUGUGCUUAUAAACAUUCUGAAUUGGAAUUCUUUAACCAAUGUUUUGAGGUAACAUGAAAGCAUGAAUUACUUACUCAUAUAGAUUGAUCAUGCACAAAACUCACAGCAGAAGGUUGGAAAUUGAAUGCCAGUUUUUGAGAUAUCAAAUGAUGCUUAUUCCAUGGGUCAUUUGUUGCUAAAAUAAAAAGAAGCAAGCCCAACAGCUGUCUUCAGUACAGCUUCUCUUUCGCACCAAAAACAGGCUGCCCUUUUUAUUUUUAGUCUUUCUUAGUUUGGAAUGGGGUAUUAUUGUCACAGGACAUGCAUUUGAAAACACCUCUGUUCACACAGUGGAAUUAUUGAAAAAGCAGAGCUAAAAGAAUUUACAUAAUUAGCCAAAAAGUAGAAAAGCCCUCUUUUACGUAGGUAUUUUUGAGGGCAGGCAGUUUCUGAGAUAUUUUAUCACUAUCUAAAUUCAGUAAGUUGUUUAAAUUCGAAUUGAAUACAAUAAACAUUGUGAAUUAGCUACACUGGGAUAUUUUCUGUAGAUUUACUUGAAUCCAUAAUGCCUCUGAGGCCACUUUGCAGUCAUUGUUCCAGUAAUGUACACACUGCUGCAGUGUACAAAUCAAACUUGCAGCUUUUACAAUUUGUGUUUUGGUAAGCAUAUGGCUAUGUACUUUCUGUUGCCAAUAUCACAACUGCUUUUUCCAUUACUGGAUAAUUCAUGCCUUUCAAGGAUUUAUAAAUAUUGUCAUAUUUAAAAUGUGUGGUUUUGGAGAAAUUGUUCAAUUUUCCCCUCAAUUCUUUGUCUUCAGGGUCAAUUCUUUCCCUUUCCAAAAAAGUGAUUUGUAGUAAUGGCUGUGUUGACUUCUAAGCUGGGGUGCAGUAACAACAAGGAACAAUCUGGUCACACUGAAGCCAACGCAGAACUUGCUGCUGUGUGUUUCUUCAAUGAUAAAUAAACAAGUUAAGGAAUUA